AUGGCGCACAAUGACUCCCUACUGGCGGAGGAGCGGCUCAUCUUCUAUAUCACCAUCCCCCUGUCGAGCGCCAUCGUCCUGGCCAACCUCUUCAUCCUGCUGGGCAUCGCCUACAACCGCCAGCUUCACAGUACCCCCAAUUAUUUCUUCCUCAGCCUGCUGGUGGCCGACCUGUGUACAGGUGUGGCCCUGCCCCUCAUCCCCUGGAUGGGCAUCAACCGCGACCUGGAUUUCAGCUCCUGCCUGCUAGUGCACAUCUUCCCCAACUUCCUCUUCCUGUCCUUCCUGUUCAACCUGGUGAUGGUUCACUAUGAACGCUACGUCUGCAUCGUCAGCCCACUGCACUACAGCCGCUUCUGGGUGCACCGCUCGUUCCCGGCGGCACUGCUGGUGGUCUGGGCUCCGCCGCUGCUCUUCGCCUCGCUGCCUGCCUUUGGCUGGAACAACAGGGAGGCCGGCUGUGGCCACAAUAGCACGGCGGUGGGUGGUUGCUCAGCCAAGGGCGCGGAGGGCUGCUCAUACCGACGUGUGUUUCCCAACUCCUUCAUCUACCUGGAAGUAUAUGGGGUGCUGCUGCCCGCCAUAUUGUCCAUCGUCGGAAUGACGUGCCGGGUUCUGUGGAUCGCGAGAGAGCAGCUACGUGGGAUCUGCAAGUUGCACCGAGCGGUGGAGAGGGCAGGGUCGUCGGGCGAGGAACACCGGCUUAACCUGCGCUACGCACGCUGCGUGGCAGCCAUCUCGCUUACCUUCCUGGCUUGCUGGGUGCCUUACAUUGCCUACCUGCAUGUGUCUGUGGGCAUUAUUCAGCAUGGGGGGGUCCAGGGACGCACCACCACGCACAUUGUUUUGUCUUGCACUGGCAUUGGCAGCACUGCCAUCUUCCCCGUCAUCCUCGGACUUGCCAACCGACAGUACACUGACUCUGCCCGCAGGGCCAUCCGUGAUCUCUGGGACCGCUGCCGGGCGACAAGCAACAUUGAAGAAAUUGAGUUGUGA